AUGGCGUCGUCUCACGUCCUCUACUAUUGCCCUUGCGACCAGGCAUCGGCAAGCACCGCCUCCACCUCUCGAUCUUCUUCCUCUUCGUCCUCCUCUUCGCUCAUAUCGCCGCCUCCAGGCUUGCCAGCUUACUCUCCUGCCUCGCGGUACAGCUUCCAUCCUCUCGACUCGCUCUACUUUUGUGACGAGUGCGAUCGAAUCCGGUGCAAUCGCUGCGUCACACUAGACAUCUCGAGCUACUACUGUCCCAAUUGUCUCUUCGAGGUCCCCGGGGCUAGCGUCAAGGCCGAAAAGAAUCGCUGUGCAAGGAACUGCUUCGAGUGUCCAUGCUGUCAACACACGCUCUCCGUGCUCGCUUCUGAUCUGGCUUCCGAGACGGCACGCAGGGUAGAUCCGACGGACCCGGCAGCAAGCCAGGGUGAGCCCCCUUACUACCUCGGGUGUUCCUUCUGUCGCUGGGACUCCAAAUCGGUUGGUCUCGUCUUUGAAAAGCCGACGGGACUCAGCUUGCAGCUGCAACGUUCCGAGGACAAUGCUGCCGACGUGCUCGAAUUCGAUCGACUCAAGGACCACUUCGACCCUUAUCUCAAGGCGCAGACCCAAGCGGCCAUCAUCUCGGCUGCCGUUGGGUCGUCCAAUUCUUCUGCCGCUCGCUUGCCAUCUAGUUCCUCCGCGGCCGCAGCAUCGACAGCAUCGUCCAGCAGUGCAUCUUCUUCCAGCCGUAAUGCAAGGGUCGCAGCCGCCCGAAACGCUGCCACUGCAGCACUUCAAUCGUCCAAGCUGGUGCGCGAUCUACCGCACUUGGCACAUUCCAAACAUCUUGGCGUCAGCGGGUCACGCUCAGCGCCCAUCGAACCAGACGAACUGAAGCGCUACCGUGCACUCAACCCAUGGCAACCCUCGUCAGAUGGUCGUGGCGCCGCCCCCGCCAUGGGUGUCGUUGCAAAACGCGAAAAGCAUCGAAGAGACUACGUGUCGCGCCUUCACUCGACCCCAGGUCAGCCUUUCGCGUCGCUGGACGACAAGAUCUCCUCGCUCGAACAACGCUGGUCUGCCAUCUCGAUAGCAGAUCAGCCCGUCCGCGCUGCAGAGCUGCGCCCAACUCGUGUGCCACUCAAAUCGAAGUUGUCGAAACGAUGCCCUGCUUGUCGACACAUUGUCAUCAAACCCGACAUCAAGGCUGCCUCGAAUCGCUUCAAGAUCAAGCUCGUGGCCCUCAACUUUUUGCCCGAGAUUCAAGUCAGCCUCGCUCCCCACCAGCCGUUCCUGGACCCGCACAAAUACCGAUCAGCAACCGGUUCGAGCCUGAUGGGAGCAGGCACAGCAACCAGCACCCUGAGACGCCGACCGCCUUCCGUCCUCGUCUCGGGAACAGACUCCCUCAGUGGAUCCUCGUCGCUCAUGGUCACAUCUCAAGACGUCGAUGCGGACAGACUGGAAGUCGGACACACGUACAGCUUUCAAAUCGCUGUGAGCAAUCCGCUGGACGACGCCAUCCAGGUCGAAAUGAGCUUCGUCCGCUUCGCCCUGCCAUCUCACCUCCGCACGUCGACAGACGGCGGCAGCUCGGCGGUGCAGCCAUUCCCACAAGCGAAGUACAUCUUUUCGGCCAAGACCGACACCGGCGUCUCAUCGCCGGUCGAUGAUCAAGUACACGCAAGCGAGCAGUCGGCUGGUCCGUCCAAGCGGUCUCGACUAGGGUGGCAGGUAUACCCAUCGGCCACCAGCGUGCCCCUCAACGCCUUCAACGAGGUAUGGGACCUCGAGGACGCAGAAGACCUGUACGGAUCCAAGGCUGAGGCUGACGCAACUCGUCAGGAGAGCGGCGGUGCAGCGCAGAGUCGUGCUGUCAGAACCGCCAUCGCGCGUGGGACGGAUGAGUCGUCGUGGGUGAUCGAAGAGGAGGACGAUGGCGAGGACGAUGCAGAAAGCGAAGACAGGGGCAUCUCAGACAUUGACGAGGAGCAGGAAGAUGCUGCACGAUCCAAACGUUCGAAAAGACUCACUCGACAGCCGCAGCUUUUUGCCAGCUCCGGCAUGCAACGCAAACCUUUCAUCCAGCGAGGUCACACCACAACGCUCUACCUCGACCUGGCCAUCUCGGACCAAAAUCCACCGAGGCCAGGGCCGCUGGAGUUGGGCAUGCACGUCACGUACAGAUACACAACCGCUGCAACCGUGCCGGAUGAGCAGGCGGCCAGACCGCCAGGCAAGGACUUCUCCUUCUGGACGUCGAUUCGGCUCGGAAGCGUCGCGGCUGCGGGCGAUGCGCGACCAUGA